AUGGCCGCCGCUCGCUCCUGCGUGCCGUCCCCGCUCGCCCCUGUGUUGUUUAAGUGUCACAGACGACGUGUUGUCUCCUGGCAUCUGGAUAACUGCCGACUGCAAAUAAAAGCACGAGGGAGGCUGGAGCGACUGCAGACCGGUGACGAGAACCACUCUUCAGUUCUGCUAUUCGUGUAUUGGAAGUACGUACCCUCUAUCCAGGCAGGAGGUAGAGUACAAGUUUUGGAAGGCCGGGGAGUUCUACCGCUGGCGUACACCAAGUUCAGAGACGUUGCACGGAGUGAGCCGACGCCGCGGGCCAACGACGGUCAUCGCUCCUCGACUCUAUUCCCGUUCGUCACCCAGCUCACCAGUCCACCUCGGUGCUCCACCACCGGUCCCUCGGAAGAGCUGGCUGCAGGCCAUCCGUUGCUCCGCCCCUGGAUGCUGUCGUGUGGUGGCCGGCCGUCUCACUCCAAUGCACCUCCCUCUUUGUGUACUGGUCCCUCUGGCAGCCGUCCAAGUGGAGCGUUGACACCAGUACAAGUAGAAUUGUGGGUCGCGGCCACCAACUUCACCAAGCGUUGCACAUCCGUCCAAGUCGAGCACACACACCGGGAGAACACCAGCGCCUUUGCUUUGCACAUUGCUUGGUCAUGCAUGAUUGCUGAUGGAUGCAGCAAGCGUUUUAUUAGUUUGAUCUUCUGCAUUUUGUCUCAGUUUUCAUGGAUGCUAGCGGGCAAGUGACAUGAUUUUGGUUGCCAUUUCUCUCUGUAGCAGAUUCCAUCCGCACAAAAAAUGCUACUGCAGUUUAUUCUAUGUAAAAAAUGAAUAAGGUUCAAUUCACAAAAUGUGGAUGUUCGCUUGGGAAAUUUUGCAGUACAUUUGAUUACACCAAGAUGUACAGAAUGACUAAUUCUUUAUUGUGUGCCUUCAGCACAAUUUAAAAUUACUGGUUGACGAUA